CUUAAAUCACCGCCAGCUGAGUGUCCUUUUUUCGUGUUAUUUCCGCUCAAGUUCGUUUCGCUCGACCAGCAGAAUGGUGCGGUUACGGUUUCAAGUGCCAAAGGUGGCGUCAGCUCUCACUGCUCUGGCAGUCACGUCAUUGAUCCUGCCCGCCAACGCGCUGUAUUUCUAUCUUGAUGGCACGCAACCAAAGUGCUUCUUUGAAGAGCUGCCCAAGGAUACCCUCGUUGUCGGCCACUUCACUGCUGAAGCUUACAACGAUCAAUCACGGCGCUUUGAGGAUGACCCGAAUCUCGGCCUACACAUUUCCGUCGACGAGGUCUUUGACAAUGACCACCGUGUAGUUUCUCAGCGAAGCUCUGCCAAAGGACGCUUUACCUUCAGCGCAGCCGACUCGGGCGAGCACAGGAUCUGUUUCACUCCUUCUGGCGCUGGCUCGCGAGCGGGUUGGCUGACAGGUGGCUCGCCCAAUGGAGGAAUUAAAUUAACACUGGAUAUGGCCAUUGGUGCUACGAGCGCUAUUGAGAGCACAGACAAGGGCAAGAUGGAUGACAUUGUGCAGAAAGUGAAGGAUCUCAAUGGUCGCCUCCAGGAUAUUAGACGCGAGCAAGUGUUCCAAAGGGAACGAGAAGCGGAAUUCCGUGACCAAUCUGAAUCCACUAAUGCGCGAGUCGUUCGAUGGACACUGAUUCAGCUUGCUGUUCUGGGCGUUACCUGCGCGUGGCAAUUAUCUCAUCUGCGAGCCUUCUUUAUCAAACAGAAGCUCACUUAACUUCUUGAGUUCCCUGUUGCCGUGCAUCUUGUAAGGGGGGGGAUUUUCAAAACAAUACCGGGGAAGACAGUUAAAAUGCGCUUACACUGCAUUGCAUUUAUUGUUGAAUAAGAGACGUCAUGCUCAAUGUAUAACGAAUAUGCAUAAUCUAUUUCUACUCAAGUAUAUGUUUGACAUAUUUCACAAUGGCAUUGAUACCAACCCUUGCUAAAAUGCAGCCUGAAUCUUGAAUACCCUGGGAAAUGGUGUACAACCGUUGACGAAUUUAUCA